UGUAAUCGAGAAGUUUCUUCAAAGAAUAGGAAGCUAGUAAGACGUGACAUACAAGCGUAAACUCCAGUUCACGGCCCAUUUCCCUUUUUGUUUCUAAAUUAUCCGCUAAUAAAAUGGAUAAGGCGCAUUCAACCAGAGGUUCACAAACAUUUCCAUUCCACCCCUUUUCAUAGUUAACACACACUACUUAGCACUGGCUAUUCUCCUAACAAACUGGAACAAAACUUCAAUAUGAUUCAUCUAAAAGCAAUUCACUACUCUAUGACACCAACUCAACAUGCUUUUAUCAACAGAACAAGUCACUUCCAAAGGAAAGACCUCGUCCGCUGCCUCUGCAAACCGAAUGAUUCAAAUUCAGACUCAGACGCCCCUUCACCUACACCGCCUCAAGGAGACACGCAUCAGCAGGAGCUGCUUGCAAUGAUUGCCCAGCUUCAAACACAGAAAGUUCGUCUUACUGAUUAUUUAGACGAAAGAUCUGCUUAUCUAUCACAGUUUGCUGAAGAUGCCAACACUGAGAUUGACCAAGUUGGUGAAAAUGCCCUCAAAGAGCUUGACGAAGCUGGUGCAAGGAUAAUGGAAAAUAUAGAGAGCAGGAUGCAAGCUUUUGAAGAAUCAAUGGAGUUAAACAAACAAGAAAUCGAAAAGAACGAGCAGAAGUUGGCGGACUUUGUAGGCCAAAUGGAGGAGGAAAGAAAUGAAGGGCUUUUCUUUAAGACCUUAGGGAAAAAACAACCAGUGGAUAAAGCGAAAGCUAAGGAGGAAACAGAGAAGAUUAAGCAACUCAAUAAAGAAAUUGCCGAGUCAAAUAUUAGAAGGAACAUCUACCUUGCACUUGUGGGCCUCGUGGUAGUUGGAAUUACGAAUGCUUUGAUCUCUUCACCAUCUGACUGGGGAAAGAGUGCAGUUCUUGGAGCAAUCUUGGUGGGUUUGCUUUCUCAAGUCUUCUACGAGCAGAAAGUGUUAUUAGAAACAGAAACAAAGCAAAAGCAGACAUCUGAAGAAGAGAAAAAGUGAAAUCAUUCUCUCUUCUACUGAUUGUACAAAAACAGUCAAAUGUUAGAUAUCAAUGUAGCAUGAGUAAUAACCUCAAAUAAAACAUUAUUAUUAGAGGCUGAUAUAUCAUGCGAACUUUUCUCUAGCAUCAGCAUAUCCAAGUUUCAUGGCAACUGCAGCCACCAAAAUUGGAUAAAUGUAGGAUGCUUUAUAUUGAUCAACAAAAUAGGACAUGCCAACUUUUACUUUCUA